AUGUCUUCUGAGCAAUACGUCCUCUUUGACCUCCCAAGCCGAGAUCCUCUCGGUGCUUGGUCUCUCAACCCAUGGAAGACUCGCUUUCUCUUGAACUUCAAGGGAAUUGACUACAAGACCGAAUGGCUCGAGUACCCUGACAUCAAGCCCACUCUGGAGCCCCAUGUCUCUGCCAACCCAGCCACAGGAACAUGGACCAUUCCAACUGUCAAGUUCCCCGACGGUGAAUACAUCAUGGACUCCAACAAGAUCCUCGAGCGCGUCGAGAAGGACCACCCUGAGCCCUCCGUCCAUAAGGAUUCACCCGUCCUCGCCAAGCUCUUCUCCAUCAUGCCAAAGAUCAUGAGCGCCCUUCAGCCCGUCUACUUCUACACCGUCCCCACCAAUAUCCUCGGCGAGAAGAGCCUUCCUUACUGGCAUGAGACACGAUCCAAGGUCGCGGGCAAGCCUCUCGAUGAGUUCCACAAGGAGAAGGGCGGCCAGCAGGCUUGGGAUAACGCAAAGGCACCCAUCCAAGAGGUCGAGGCUCUGUUGAAGGAGAACUCCGAGGGACCCUUCUUCUUGGGAAAGACUCCUAGUUAUGCUGACUUCGUCUGGGGUGGCUUCUUGAUCUUCAUGCAGCGUAAUAAGAUCAUUGACGAAGUGUACAAGAUCAGUGGUGAUAGCCAGCUUCACAAGGACCUUCUUGAGGCUACUGCUCCCUGGCACAAGCGAAAUAACCACUAA